AUGCAUUCUGCUUUUUUCUUUUUUCUUUUUUUUUAUUCGUUAUUCUUGCGUUUAUUAUUAAAUGGAUAUUUAAUAAAUAACGUAAAAAAAUCAAAUUGUGUAUUAUAUGCGACAAAAAAAAAAAACAAAAAAAAGGAGAAAUUAGUUCACAUCACUGUAAGUAGUGAUAAUGAUAUAGGAAAAAAAGGAGAAAUAAAAAAAGUAAAAUUAUCUCAUGCUUUUAAUUACAUUAUACCUCAAAAACUUGGUUAUCGAAGUACCCCCGAUGAAUUAAUAGAAAAGGAGAUAAAAGAAAACACACUCAGAUAUAUAGAUGAAAUAAAAACUAGUUUUAUGUGGAAUUAUAAAAAAAAAUUGAAUAAUUCAAUUAUUGUUUUUUAUUUUGACAAAGACGAAAAAUUUGUUGUCACUCAGGAAGAUGUAUUAGAUUAUUUUUUAACAAGAGGAUUAAUAAGAGAAAAUGAUGAUAUGUAUGAAAAAAUAAAAAAUAAAAAAAUAAAAAUCUCAGAUUUUGGUAGCUAUCCUAUAAAAUAUUCUUUUAUAAAAAAUAUAAAUAUUGACAUUACUAUUCAUAUAAUUAAAAAUAUAUAA